AUGGCCAUCGUGGGGGACCUCGACCGCGCCCGCCCCACCGCCGUGAAGCUUCUGGGCAGGCGCCUGGUGCUGUGGUACGACUCGGCGGCCUCCCGCUGGACCGCCAUGGAGGACCGCUGCCCCCACAGGCUGGCGCCGCUGAGUGAGGGCCGGAUAGAGCCGUCCACGGGGCACCUCAUGUGCUCUUACCACGGGUGGCAGUUUGACGGGUCUGGGACGUGCACGGCGAUCCCCCAGAUCCGGGACCCGCGGGCCAAGGCCAGCGCCAUGGGCAGCAAGAGGUCCUGCGUGACGUCAUACCCCGUCAAGGAGGAGCAGGGCCUGCUGUGGGUGUGGGCCGACCCCGCGUCAAAGGAGGCGGCCGAGUCGGCCCCCACGUCGGCCGUGCCCGAGGGGCGCGACCCCGAGGGCUGGACGCCCCGCACCGGGGGAUGA